AUGCCUGUAGUAACUUCUUCACAACUCGCAAAGCUUCAGUCUCGUCCAGAGAAUAUACGCAAUAUUUGUAUCCUUGCUCACGUUGAUCAUGGAAAAACUACACUGUCUGACUCUCUCCUUGCCUCCAACGGUAUUAUUUCGAACAAACUUGCCGGAAAAGUCAGAUAUCUUGACAGUCGUGAAGAUGAACAAGAGAGAGGAAUUACUAUGGAAGCUAGUGGCAUUUCUUUGUACUUCCAAGUAUUGCGUAAAGCGGAAGAAGUGGGCGCAGAAACUGUCACAAAUUCUCAUGAAUAUCUUAUAAAUCUUAUUGAUUCUCCUGGACAUAUUGAUUUUUCCAGUGAAGUGUCGACAGCAUCAAGAUUAUGUGAUGGUGCAUUAAUUCUUGUGGAUGCUGUUGAAGGCAUCUGUUCGCAGACUCAUACUGUACUUCGUCAAGCUUGGAUCGAGAAUGUUCGACCUGUGCUUGUCCUUAAUAAGCUUGAUCGUUUAAUCACCGAACUUAAAUUGACACCUAUGGAAGCAUAUAUUCAUCUUAAUAAAAUACUUGAACAAGUAAAUGCUAUCGUGGGUACUUUCUUUGCAGGCGAUGUACUUGAAGAAGAAACGAGACGGCAUGAUGCUGAAAAGGAAAGGUUAUUACGCGAAGGGGAAAUUUCCGAAAUAGAAAAGAGUAUAUCAGAAGCGUCAUUGGACGAUCGUGACGACUCCAGUAUAUACUUUACACCCGAAUCCGGAAACGUAAUCUUUUCAAGUGCCAUAGAUGGGUGGGGAUUCAGAGUGGAACAAUUUGCAGAUAUUUACGCUUCGAAACUUAAUAUUAAGGUGAAUCUGCUUCGAAAAAUUCUUUGGGGUGAUUAUUACCUUGAUCCGAAGACGAAACGUAUUUUGCAGAAUAAACAUUUGAAAGGUCGUCAUUUGAAACCGAUGUUUGUUCAAUUUGUGCUUGAUAAUAUAUGGACUAUUUAUGAUGCUGUUAUUUUAAACAACAAUCGAGAAAAAAUUGAAAAGAUUGUAAAGACACUGAAUCUCAAAAUUCUUCCAAGAGACAUGCGUUCUAAAGAUACAAGAACUUUAUUGACCUCAAUGUUUUCUCAGUGGUUGCCACUCUCCACUACGGAGUUCAACAGAAUCGUAGAAAAUGAACAACCCAAAUUCGAAGCAAUCAAUGAGACAUUUAUUGGUUUUGCACGUCUAUAUUCUGGCACUAUUCGAGUUGGUCAAAAACUCUUUGCUCUUAAGCCAAAAUAUGACCCCAUAUACCCGGAAAAUUAUUGCACCGAAUUUACGGUGCAAAGUCUUUACAUGUUGAUGGGACGAGAACUUGAAUCGCUUCAGGAAGUUCCCGCAGGAAAUGUGUUUGGGAUUGGUGGGCUGGAGGGUCACAUCUUAAAAAAUGGUACCUUGAGCAGUACUAAAUCAUGCAAGACUUUGGCUGGGGUAGCGCUUGAAUCUGCACCUAUUGUUCGUGUGGCGCUUGAACCUACAGAACCAUCUGAAAUGUCGAAGCUGAUUGAAGGUCUUCAUCUUCUCAAUCAAGCUGAUCCGUGUGUCGAAAUUCUUGUCCAAGAAACCGGUGAACACGUAAUUCUCACUGCUGGCGAAGUUCAUCUUGAGCGUUGUCUCAAAGACUUGAAAGAUAGAUUUGCAAAGAUUGAAAUUCAAGUUUCUCCUCCAAUUGUCCCAUUCAGAGAAACAAUUGUACACUCACCAGAAACGCACUCUGUCAAAGAUAAAGAUCCCAAUAUCCUACAUGGCCUAAUUACAUUAUCAACAACAAAUAAAUACUGUACUCUUAAAGUACGUACAGUACCAUUACCUUCUAACGUGACCUCAUUCUUGAACGAGAAUGCAAUCACAGUUAAAGCCAUGUUAGAAGAACGACAAUGGCGCAAUAAGGCUGAUAUUUUGUCCGGAGAGGAGGAUGAAGAGGCAUUAAAAGAGGUGGCGAUUAAAAAGGAACGGGUUUUACAGGCUGAAGAGUUCUUUGAGCUUUUGGAAGCAGAGUUUGAGAAAGCUCCGGAUAAGGAUAUUUGGAAAGAUGUUGUUGAAAAUAUAUGGGCUUUCGGUCCGAAGCGCGUUGGUCCUAAUCUUUUAAUUAACCGUGUAUCUAAUUACACUCGAAAAUCGUGGCGCGGAACUCUCAUCGACUCGAAACUCUCCAACACAUUAAUCUCAACACAAGAUGAUAGCCUAGAAAUUCCUGCAGAAAAUAAAAAUACUACUAGCGAGCAACUGACAAUAAGAGACUUCGAAGAAGCUGUUCAUACAGGGUUUCAAUUGGCUACCAAAGCUGGUCCACUUUGUGCCGAACCGCUGAUGGGAGUCGCAUAUUUUGUCGAGGAUUUUCUAAUAGAUACUGAAAAUACAGGUUUGGAACCAUCAGAGGUGCGCUCUAAAAUAGGUGGUCAAGUAAUGACCACCAUGAGAGAUGCGUGUCGACAAGGAUUCUUGGAAUGGUCACCAAGAUUAAUGUUGGCAAUGUAUUCGUGUGAUAUUCAAGCUACAACUGAGGUUCUUGGCAGAGUUUACGGCGUAAUAUCUCGGCGACGUGGUCGAAUCACCUCGGAAGAGUUAAAAGAAGGCACUCCGUUCUUUGAAGUCCAUGCUCUUAUGCCAGUUAUAGAAAGUUUCGGAUUUGCUGAUGAAAUAAGAAAAAGAACUUCUGGUGCUGCUAGUCCUCAAUUGAUAUUUAGCGGAUUCGAGAUGCUUGACGAAGAUCCGUUUUGGGUGCCGACUACUGAAGAGGAGUUGGAAGAUCUCGGGGAAAAGUCCGAUCGUGAAAAUCUUGCUAAAAAGUAUAUGGAGAAAGUUCGUAAAAGAAAGGGCAUGUUUGUUGAGAAAAAAAUCGUAGAACAUGCGGAAAAACAACGGACGAUCAAGAAACGAUAA